AUGGUCUGGCCAUUAGGAGGCCGCCACAGAGUUCAAGGGCUACUUGGCACUAUUUUCUAUACUAAUGAGAAUUUCAGUUACAUGGAUCAGGAACAGUGCAGCUACGUGUGUACAUGACAAUAAGAUUUUUUCUGCUGGAGCGUAAAAAAAAGCAUUGUGUAAUCUGUGUGCUAUUGUUCAUGUCCAAUAAGAUUUCUCCCAGUCGCACCGAGUUCUUAAAUCGUCGGAUGCUUGGCAAUGAGGAUCUCGAUCUCAAGGACAAGCGGGCUCUGAUUCUCAUCCUGAAUAUUUGCCGGACCAGACAACAAAACGCGCAGCCCAUUUGCUUACUAAUAAUUCCAGCAAUUCGAGCAUACGCCGCGUCAUUUGUAGGACGCCGUGUCUUCCCCGGAUAAAACCACGGGUAACGUUAUUGGCUUCCCCGCGCUGCACGUGACUCGCGUGAGGAUUUAUAGUGCAAGAGAGCAACUAUAUGAGCGGCCCAAAUCAGGCCCACACGCUCUUUCACACAUGUUUAAGCUU